AUGUCGAGUGUUACAAGCAGUGAUAUUACUUCAAGUAAUCAAGUUCGAGAUGAAGAUAAGAAUUGCGAUUUAAAUAAAUCAGAAGUUUCGGUGAUCUCAAGUGAAAAUCGUGUUUCAAGGCCGGCAUUCAAGAACGAACUCCAAAAAAUUGCAGAAUCGCUGAGAAAAAACGGAGUUGAAUUAAUUGUUAAAAGUAAUUGUUUAAAUGGAGGAUCGCUUAAAAAUGCCGCCCGAGUUGGCGAUAUUAAACUGGUCGAGCUGCGGAUUCGCCAAGGUGCAGAUGUUAAUGAUUUAGGACGAAACGGCAGUUCUCCACUCCACGUGGCAGCAUGGUAUGGACAUCCCAAAAUCAUGGAACUUCUUAUUAAUAACGGAGCACGUCUUGAUUCAGUAUUAAAUGGAUCAACGAAAACUGGAUAUACGCCACUACAUCUUGCUUGUUUAAACAAUAAAAUUGAGUGUGUAAAAGUUCUAUUGAAAUAUGGAGCAAGUGUUACCCCAAAAUGCGCCGAUGUUUACCAUCCAAUCCACAUCGCGGUAUUUAAGGACUAUGUUGAAGUAGCGGCGUUGCUUUUGGAAAAUGGCGCAGACGUAAAUCUACGAUUUAACAAUAAAUUCUUUUAUAAUAAAUGGGACGAAAAGAUUUUGUGGAAGGAUAUGGAUUUAACGCUGUUACACUACUCGAUUGCUCGAAAGUACAAAGAAAUGACAGCAUUAUUGUUGGAGUAUGGAGCUGAUAUUCAUUUAAAUACGAGGUCAAAUAAAACAUCAUUGAUGCACGCUGUUGAAGCAAAUGAUCCCGAGCUGGUUAAUUCAUUUUUGGCAAAAGGUGCAAACCCCAACGAUCAAGAUAUUUAUGGUGAACCAGUAGUGUUUUUCACGGUCUUAAAUGCCAAUAAUCAAUCUGUCUAUUAUAAUAAACAAGAAUAUGAUUUCGCUGGAAAGAAACAGGAAGUAAUAAAACUUUUAUACGCUGCCGAAGCUGACAUCAAUGCGAAAUUUCUAUCGAAUGGAUCUUCUAAUUCACUUGUUUACUACAUGUCAGACACUCGAUUGGUUUCCCAGUAA